AUGAAGGUUUGUGGGCCCGAGGAACUCAUCGCCGAAUUCCUCUCACUAGAAUUGCUCGGCAACAAGAACCUUUUGACACAGCACUUGCUGGGGCAACCGUACUUCAAAUUUGUUUCUAAAGACGAGAUUGUGGUCGAGUGGCAACAGAUUGCUGGCCAUGGCCGAUGGAUGGAGGGUUCUCAUACGCUGAAGAAACAAGUCGAUAAGACGAGUGAUGGGAAGUCGUAUAUGGAGCAACGGUAUAUUAAGGUCGAUGGAUGUUGGAAAUUGGCUGGGCUCAAGCCUUCUUUGUUGUACGAGAUUGGGGAGUUUAAUGAGGUUGUGGCGGAGAGGUCUACAUAG